CUUUUUUAAACUAAAUUCAAUUUAAGGCAUAGGCUUUUAAGAGAGAAAUAAUUACCUAAAUUUGAGUUCUCUGUGGUUUUAUGCGAGAUUAUUGUUAGCUUACACCGGGUGAAGGGUUAACUCCUUCGCCCUUGAAGCAACGCCCGAGUCAUCUUAAUUGAGAGGCGGAUGAGUAAGAUAGAAUGAUUGCUUAUCUUUUAAGACAAAAACAACAUAUCGUUUUUCACGAUUUGAAGCACAUCUUAUGUAACUAGACGAUAGAUAAAGAUAACUAUUACACAGUUUUAUAUGGUCGGAUCAAGGUUCUGCCUUUUGCUAAAAUUCUUACGCGUGUAGCAAUACUUAGAAAAAAUGCAACAAUUUGCGACAUGCAGUGCAAAAUAUCACAGCACAUUUUCGUUCAGGAUUAAAUGGUUUACAAUUUAUAAAUUAAAAAAAUCAUUUUACCACUUAAUUUGCUUUGCCAAUUUUACCUUUUAACCAAAUUUUAUUUAUAGUUACACACACGAACCGCUGAGAAUGUAAAAAAUAAUGCAAUAAAAUAUAUAUGGUGAGUCAACUACUGAGCUUGAUCGACACACGACACAGCCAGUUUAAUUUUUAGAUUUGAUAUGCGCAGCCUGUUUGAUCAAUCCCGUGCUUUUGAAUUUUGUAAAUUUAUUCUACGUUUUGGUCAGUUCACCUCUUUCGAGAUGGACGUACCCCUGAUGGCGAACUUCGCGUCUUGAUUACAUCGCGAAUGAAUAACAUGGGCGCACGGGCUUCAUUGGAAAUAAUGUUAAUUCACCGUAUACACGUACAUCAUUAUUCACACAAGUAAUUCAAUCAAUCAUCUGAAGCUGGGCAAGCUUAAACCCAAGCUCCGAUUUCAAGCUGUGUUUGAGGAAACAACGCACUUUUUCGACAAUAUUCAGCAAAUCCCCCCUCCCCCCUGCUGCGAAGGGUUUUUAAUCCCACAAUAUAUGAAUAAACUGUCGAGAAACGUUGGGGGAAACUUUGAUAUUUUUCGGCUUUGUCACGUUCACAAUGACACAUCUGACAAUGAAAAAUGCUUCUCAUAUUUUCCCUCGCGCUCCCCAGAGUGACUUGGUCGCUGAAUAGCCAAGCACAACGAAAAAAUUCCACCCCCUGCGCGGACACUUCAGAAGGCUUUCAUCUGUUGCACGCAACGUACGUUUCCGACAAUUUGCUCCAGUAUAGCUGCAAUUCAGAGAAGUCUCCUAAAGCUCAGCAUCGUCAUCAAACAGUUGCACUUUCGGAAGGAAUUUUGAGUCUCAUUCGCAGUUUUUUCAAAUCAGGAAAACGCUUGAGAUGGCAACCCUGACAGACGAAGAAAAGCUUUUGAUGACGGAAAAGAGACUGCAAAAGUUGCGAGUCUCGGAAAGCGCCCAGACCAAGGGAAUGACUCUCGUGGCCGCUCUCGUCGCCAGUGCCGUUGAAACGAAUGCUUUGGCACAAUCAUUGCACAAUGAAGUCGAGCAGUCGUUGGCCAAUCUCCCGGACUUUAUGGUCUGGUUCUUAAGAAAAAAAUUCGCCAUCGAAGCUGAAAACGAGGCAGUGUUCUGGACGGGGAUGAUAGUUUAUGAAUUUCUACUACGAAGCAAUGGUUCCCAAUUCUUCAUUACACAUGAGCUGUUAGAUAUUUUGACCCUCUUUCCCCAGUUUCCAAAGAAAAUUGAGGACAUUUCAAAGUUGCUUGAAUCGACUCCCCGCAACGCACAGAACAUCGAACAGAUAAUUUCUUCUUUCGAACAACCAACAACGGAUGAUGAUGAGCAAGUUGACUUCGAGCUGGCUGAAGUUAUGACUCACCUUAAAUGUUUAUUAGUCUGAGAGUCACCGAUUUUUCUCUCGAUUGCCUUCAGUUUCCAUGAACUAUGGCUGGUGGGACCUAUUGAACCUGUGAAAGAUUAUUGUUUAGAAAAGUCAAUUUAAAUAAAUUGAAGACCUAGAAUAGGCUAACAUUACUAAUCUGAUUUUUAUUGGAUAAUUUGACCGAUUUAUUAAGAAUUUCAAUUUUUUAUUGUACGUAUUAUGUUAAAAGGUUUACCAAAUUUAAAAAUAAA